CUCCCCACCCCCCAAAAUUCACAAAUAUACACAUUUCUAAGUCGGCGUUCUUCUCCGAAUCCCUGCUCCCCUCCGAUUCCAUUGAAGCUUCAGUGCGUCGACUAGCUAAGGGCUAGGGCUAGGGCUCGGGUGCUAUUCAUCGGGCGCUCUAAUUGAUGCCCUCUUUGAUUAUCGAGUACUAUCUGCCAUUCAUCAAAAUUUGACUGGAAAUAUCACAGUUCUUUCAUUGUGCCUCUGGUGGUAUCCAUAUAUGGGCUGAAGUGUACUUUUCAUGGGAGGUGUAGAGGAUGAUGAACCACCCUCAAAACGUGUGAAAGUGUCCUCUGGAGAAUCAGGAGAUCUUUCCAACGGCUUAUCUGUUAGUGAGAAAGGUAGUUGCUCAUUGAGUGACUCGAUGGCUAGGCUGCCAGCAUCUCAAGAGGAUGAUGAGGUUGUUGGUUCAAAAGGUGUCAUUAAGAAAGUUGAACUUGUUCGUAUUAUAGCUGAGGCGUUAUAUUCUCUUGGCUAUUCAAAGACAGGGGCGCGUCUGGAGGAAGAGUCAGGAAUACCGUUACGCUCCACUCUAAUAGAUUCGUUUAUGCAGCAAAUUCUUGAUGGUAAAUGGGAUGAAAGUGUCGCAACAUUACAUGAAAUUAACCUAAUGGAUGAAACUAUAGUUAAGUUGGCAUCUUUUGUAAUAUUAGAGCAGAAAUUUUUUGAACUUUUGGAUGGAGAUAAAGUCAUGGAUGCUUUAAAGACUCUGAGGAUUGAGAUUGCACCACUUUGUAUUAAUGAUGACAGAGUUCGAGAGUUGUCUUAUUUCAUUGUGUCUCCAUCGCUGAACUUACUUGAGGGAACUUCUGGUCAAGAGUCAAGGAUCAAAUCUCGUAAAAGUUUACUGGGGGAAUUGCAAAAAUUGCUUCCUCCAACAGUGAUGAUUCCCGAAAACAGAUUGGUUCAUCUAGUUGAACAAGCUCUUGGUUUUCAAACGGAUGCUUGUAGGUUUCACAACUCCUCGGUUGGGGAAAUGUCAUUGCUUACUGAUCAUCAGUGUGGAAGGGACCAGAUUCCUUGUCAAACAUUGCAGAUAUUACGAGAACAUAGUGAUGAAGUCUGGUUCUUGGAAUUUUCUCACAAUGGCAAAUUCUUGGCCUCGACAUCUGGUGAUUGUUUGGUGAUUAUAUGGGAGGUUAAGGUGGAUGGCCAAGUUUCCAUGAAACACAAAUUAUCUGGCCACCUGAAACCUGUCAACUAUGUGUCAUGGAGUCCUGAUGAUCUAGAACUGCUUACAUGCGGAGUAGAAGAGACUGUUAGACGCUGGAAUGUUGCGUCUGGUGAGUGCCUCCAUGUAUAUGAAAAAAGUGGUUUUGGUUUGGUCUCAUGUGGGUGGGCUGCAGAUGGAAAGAGUAUAUUUUCUGGUGUUACUGAUAAAAGCAUCAGCAUGUGGGAUCAGGAUGGGAAAGAAAUAGAAUGUUGGAAAGGGCAGAAAACUAGUAGGAUCGCAGACUUGGGUAUUACUGCUAAUGGGAAAGAGCUUAUAACAGUUUGUAAAGAGAGUACAAUACUGUUGUUUGGAUGGGAAACAAAGUCUGAGAAAUUCAUUGAAGAGGAUCAAACAAUAAUUUCAUUUGCACUGUCCUCGGACAGAAAGUUUUUGCUCAUUAGCCUGUCAAAUGAAGAGCUCCAUCUUUGGAAUAUAGACGGCACUGCAAAGCUGGUGGCAAAAUAUAAAGGACACAAACGUUCUCGUUUUAUCGUGAGGUCUUGUUUUGGUGGAUUAAAUCAAGCAUUUAUCGCCAGUGGGAGCGAGGACUCGCAGGUUUACAUAUGGCACAGACUCUCGGGAGAGCUCAUAUUGACUUUGGCUGGACAUUCUGGGGCUGUAAACUGCGUUAGCUGGAACCCAACUAACCCACAUAUGCUGGCUUCAGCAAGUGAUGAUCGUACUAUACGCAUAUGGGGAUUGAGUCGGGUAAAUAUGAACUUCAAUGGAAGGCAUAGUACUGGUGUCAAUUGCUGCAAUGGGAAAACUUGAAGUUGUUCUCUCAACUAUUCCUUCCUUGUAAAUUCUUGUACUUGAAUGUUAAAGCUGACAUUCAUAGAAGAUUUGCAUUCAAUGUUAAAACACGAAUGUGAACUUGCAUUCACUGUACUAACAAUUUACAUACCUUCUUUUUUCAUGAAUAUUUGCAUUUGCUGGCAAUUCUUUCA